AUGGUUGAACUAGUACUUGCCGGUCAAAUCAAGGAACAAGCUGGGGCCAGGCUGGUCAACUCAAUUAAUAGUAUUGCUAGGAUAGUCACAGGUUUCCAGUGUGGAGUACCUGGUCUAGUGGUUCAAGGUGUUCCUGUCUCACAGAGGAACUUUCUCAAGCUGACCUGCAGCUGGCCUAGUUCAGAUACUCACCCAGAUAGAGCUGUUGAUUGCUCUGAGAAAAAUAUCAGCUUCUCUUCUGGAACUUUUGGUUCAAUCCAGCUUCCUUCAUCUUUGCCUUAUCAGCUGGCACAGCUUGACAGAGAAUUAAGUGUGAUGAAGACAGUUGUAAUCUCAGGGUUCAAUUCUGAUACACUCUUUCCCCAGGUUGGAGUUAUUUCUGGUGUGGUUUCAAGUUCUAUCCUGGGAGCAACUAUACCAAACAUAGAGCCCUUUGAUCUUAAAGAGCCAGUUCAUGUUAUGUUGAGAAGAGUUAAAGCUGGGGCAGGUCAGCUUAAACCUGUUUGGUGGGAUACAAGUGCUAACAAGGGCUUGGGAGGCUGGAGUUCUCACCACUGUACAACCAAGGAAGAAAGGAAUGACGGAAUUUUGUUUACCUGUUCACAUCUUGGAUACUAUACCCUCAUUCUUCAAUCAGUUGAUGGAGUGUCUGAAACUGCCACACCUCUAGCUGAAUACCUAUCUGUCUAUCUUGGUUCCAUCCUGGGCCUGAUUAGCAUAUCCUUAACUGUAUUCAUCUACUCCUUGUUCUCUUCCUCGAUCCUGCUCUCCUCUAGCUACAAGCAGGCUCUAGUCAAUCUUUGGCUAUCUAUCAUCUUAUUUCUAGUCUUCUACUGUAUAUCUGGUGAAAUGGAGGAGCAAGUGUACUGCGCUCUUACAGGAAUGCUGUUGCACUACACUACUCUGACAUCAUUCUUCUGGUUGGCUCUUACAUCAGCAGUUAUACACAGUAAGGUGACAGGGCCUGAGGCACAGCAGGAAGAAAUGGAAAACGUUUAUGGAGAAAUUGCAAACAGGGAUGAAAGUAUGGGACGGAUAGUUGUCAGAAAAUCUUCAAUCUCUAAGUACUAUCUAAUUGGAUGGUGUGUUCCCUUGUUUAUAUGUGGAAUUACGGCAGGUGCUAGUUUCAACCAGUACACUUCUCAAGGAACAUGUUAUCUGAGCCUGGAGGUUUCUGCUGGAUCCAUCCUAGCUCCUGUACUAGUCAGCUUAUCUGUCUAUACAUACUAUACAGUACACAUGUACACUUGUAGGUCUAGUACCCGUGUAUUUGUUUCUAAGAAGAAUGAAGGUUCUAAUGAUGAAACUCAUCUUCCAUUGGACCAGGAGAAAUCUAUUAGGAUGCAUGGCAGUGUUCAAUGUUUGUUUACUUUUCUCCUGGUUUGUUUGUUUACAACUGCUGGGGUUAGAAGUUUACUGUCUCCGACACUUGGAAAGGUUAGCUUGAGAUUAGUAUGUUCUGUGUUGUUCUGUGCUCUAUCUCUCAGUAUUGGAGUUCUAGUUCUCAGUUUCUACGUUUUCUCCCGUAAGGAUUUGAUGAUGAAGUUUACCAAAAGGGAAAGCUCUGACCGAAGAGAAGAGACUACCAACCUUCUCUCCCCGCAUCAACUUAGAUAUUCUCCUGCGCGGUUUCAGCAGAAUAUCUUCAACCCAGGAACAGUCGGCAAAGCACCGCCAUUUUCCAAUAUGGCCGCUGCCGGGGACAUAAACAAGAUGGCGGAGAAUAAACAGCAGAACACGUUUUUAAAACUGACAGGCCAAUUUAUGAAUAACAAAUCAGAGGCUGAACCUUAUGAUGUUUUCUCGGUCAAAAAUACGGGCGGAUCGGUAAUAGGGUAUAUUGCUCCAAACAAUAGCGCCGGUCCCUCUGAUCUGGAUUGUCUGCAAGUUUCAGAGUUUGGAUACAAACCUAAGGUAAAGAAUGUGAACCUGUUGGUGGAUAGGGAGAAAAGUAUUGGGAAAUCAGUCUGGAAUCAGGAAAACCUUGAGAUGAUGGCCAUGGAUAACAGGUGGGAGGAGGUGGAGGAGUUGGAUGAAGAGGAGGAUAGAUGGAGUAGAGCAGAUCAGAGAAAUCCUGACCAAGACCUUGAUUACUUUUUCAAUCAAAACCAAAGUGAACUAAGCCCGUCAUUACCUCCACCUAUCUUCUCUCCAAGCCCCUUCCCUGGUAGUUCAACUGGAAUAGUGUUAGACUCACAAUACAACCUUGGAGAACGCCAUCCCUCUUCUAGGGAUCCAUUUCCAACCAGUCUUCCAAACAAACGGAGGUCAAAGUCAAGAGAUAGGUCUGGAUUCUUGAAGUCUGGUGUUUCAGACUUAGACAGAACAGAUGUUGCUUCAAGAUAUUCUGAAGUUAGCUCGAGUAUGUACAGUACAAGAUCCAAAAAGUAAGUUAGAAAAUAUAAAGACAUGGAUAAAUAGAUAGAUUGACAGGU